UCUAACUCUCUCUCUCUCUCUCUCUAUGUGAGUCUAAAUCUUGGGAGAGAACUGAUUAGGGGUCCACCCUGCACAGAAAAAGCUGGAAUAGUGUAGUAAUGCAGCAACAUUAGCCUCUUCGACUCCACCUUAUAAAAUACAAGACACCAAUAUUAACUUUAACUUACUUGUAAUAAUGGAGAUUCAAAGCAGAGUACUUGUUCUUCUUCUUGUUCUGUCUUUGCUGGUUUUCUUGCCAGACGUUGUUGUUGGUCUGACAAAGCAGCAAAAGCUAGAUCGAAUCUCGGCACUUCCAGGGCAACCAAGAGAACUCACAUUCUCACAUUUCUCUGGUUAUGUCACCGUCAAUGAAGAGCAUGGUCGUGCUCUGUUCUAUUGGUUGACUGAAGCUGCCACUUCUGCUCAAAACAAACCUCUCUUGCUCUGGCUCAAUGGAGGGCCAGGUUGCUCAUCAGUGGCAUAUGGGGCAUCAGAAGAAAUCGGACCAUUUCGAAUCAACAAAACUGGUUUAUCUCUAUAUCCCAACAAGCACUCAUGGAACAGAGAAGCAAAUAUUAUCUUCCUGGAAUCACCUGCUGGUGUUGGGUUUUCAUAUACCAACACAAGCUCUAAUCUUAAAGAUUCCGGCGACAAACGAACAGCUCAGGAUGCUCUAAUUUUUCUGAUCAGAUGGAUGUCAAGAUUUCCUCAAUACAAAUUUAGGGAUUUCUAUAUCGCUGGGGAAAGCUAUGCAGGACAUUAUGUUCCUCAACUCGCGAAGAGGAUCCACGACCAUAAUAAGGCAUCUUCGCGUCCUGUCAUUAAUCUCAAAGGAUUCAUUGUAGGAAAUGCUGUCACAGAUUUCAACUAUGAUAGCAUUGGAACCAUUAUGUUCUGGUGGAGCCAUGCCAUGAUAUCAGAUAGCACUUAUCAUAAAAUUAUCAAGACCUGCAACUUUUCAGAUGAGAACACUUCCACGAAAUGUAAUGAGGUUGUGAACUAUGCAUCCAACCAUGAACUUGGAGAUAUUGAUCAGUACAGUAUUUAUACACGGACGUGCAUGACAGCAUCAAACAAUACAAUCAAGUCUCUAAGGCUUAAAAAUACUCUUAUACGUCGAAAGGCUUCUGGGUAUGAUCCUUGUACUGAGAAUUAUGCAGAAAAGUACUUUAAUCGUCCGGAAGUGCAAAAGGCAAUGCAUGCUAAUGUCACUGGAAUUCCUUAUAAAUGGACUGCUUGCAGUGAUGUUCUCAUAAGAAAUUGGAAGGAUUCUGAAGAUUCAAUGUUGCCCACAUACAAGGAGCUGAUUGCAGCUGGUCUAAGAAUCUGGCUUUUCAGCGGUGAUACAGAUUCAAUAGUUCCAGUGACUGCCACUAGGUUCUCUCUCAGCCACCUCAACCUUCCAGUCAAAACUAAGUGGUAUCCAUGGUACUCUGGCACUCAGGUAGGAGGAUGGACAGAAGUAUACAAGGGACUAACCUUUGCAACAGUAAGAGGAGCUGGUCAUGAAGUUCCGCUGUUCCGACCCAAGGAGGCUUUCAUUCUUUUCAAAUCAUUCUUGGCAGGGAAGGAGUUGCCAAAAUCUUGAUAAUUUGAUCUACAAUUGGACAGGGAAAAAAAAAAAAAAAAACAAUUUAUAGAAACCAAGCCACACAUUUCUCUCUAAUUGUGUGGCUUGGUUUAGGGAGAGAAGCAUUUUUUUUGCAAAGCUGAGGAUUGUCAUCUGGACAGUCUUCUGGUGCACAUCCUUGCAUGCCUGAUUAACUGCAAGAGUAAGUUUCUGCAUAGAAGGAAAAACAAAAGAAUUGAAAACUUAUAAACUUGUUCUUCAAAAUUGAUGUAUCUAUAA